AUGUUUGCAGGGUGGCCACCGGCGAACCUGCGAAGCGAACACGACCGGGUCCUCUCCUUUGCCAAGCUCCCCGAGGUAGCGCCUGGCGAGGAGACCAAAGCCAGCAACUGCUCACGGACCAUGAGAGAGAGUGUGGUUAGUUCGACCUCGGAUGAGUAUGAAGCAGUCACGAGAUACUUUCAAGCGACUCUGGGGGAAAAAGCCGAGAUCCAUGACUUGAACAGAAUCAAUGUGCCCAAGUUUCGCGAGCGUUUCCUGACUGAUGGAGACCACACCAUCAUGUUUCAUGGUUGUCGGAGCUCGCAGAACGAGGCCAGCAUAUUGGAAAAGGGUUUCAGAGUAGCCUCCUGUGUCAGUGGUGGGACGAAAUUUGGCACCUGGUUCGCUUACAGGGCAGACUACAGCAACCGUGGCUACUCUUUCCAAGAUCAGGAUGGCCUUGAGCAUCUCUUUGUGUGCGUUGUCUCAUACUUCUAUACGGUCAUGGACCAGGCGCUGAUGCGAGUGGUGGGUCAAGACUGUGCCUACCCGCAAUGGCUCAUCAGAUAUAGGACGGCUCGAACUCCAGCAUAUGUACCUCCAGUGUACGCACCACCUGUGGUGGCUGGGACAAGUCGUCCAGGCAAGUCUACUAAUCGAGGCAGAGACCGAACUUGGUAUGUGGUCCGGGAUGGCCAGUGGCAACUUGAAGGUACAUGA